GUUGUUUAUAAGAAUAACGACAUUCGUCUGGAGCUGUCUCGCUUGGCACGGAUUGGUGAUACCAAGAUGAAGAUCUACGGGGAAGUGAAAUUUGUAUGUGAGAAUGUGGCUACACUGGACCCCAUCAGCUUUGAAACACCUGAGGCCUACAUUAGUCUGCCUAAAUGGAAUACCAAAAGGAUGGGCUCCAUCUCGUUUGAUUUCCGAACCACUGAACCCAAUGGACUGAUUCUUUUCACCCAUGGCAAGCCUCAGGAGAGGAAAGAUGCCAGAAGCCAGAAAAAUACAAAGGUAGACUUCUUUGCAGUUGAGCUUCUAGAUGGGAACCUUUACUUGCUUCUGGACAUGGGCUCUGGGACCAUUAAAGUCAAGGCCACCCAGAAGAAAGCCAACGAUGGAGAGUGGUAUCAUGUAGAUAUUCAACGAGACGGAAGAUCAGGUACUAUAUCAGUCAACAGCAGACGCACCCCAUUCACCGCUAGUGGGGAAAGUGAGAUCCUAGAUCUGGAAGGCGACAUGUACCUUGGUGGGCUGCCAGAGAACCGGGCAGGACUCAUCCUUCCCACAGAGCUCUGGACAGCAAUGCUGAACUACGGCUACGUCGGCUGUAUCCGAGACUUGUUCAUCGACGGGCGAAGCAAGAACAUCCGACAGCUGGCAGAGGCGCAGAAUGCCGCGGGAGUCAAGUCCUGCUCCCGCCUCAGCACCAAGCAGUGCGACAGCUACCCAUGCAAGAACAAUGCAGUCUGCAAGGAUGGCUGGAACCGCUUCAUUUGUGACUGCACUGGCACCGGAUAUUGGGGUAGAACAUGUGAGCGAGGUAAGCUGAGUUUUCUGACCUCACUUGUAUGGACCUCAAGGUGUGCAGGAGAACUAGAACAGAAUUCAGUGUUUCCGUGA